AUGGUAAAUGAUAAAAUAUACCAGCAUUGUGAAAGCAACAACAUUUUCGCCUUCGAACAGAAAGGGUGUAUAAGAAAAGCAAUGGGGUGCAAAGAACAACUGUUGAUCGAUUCUGUAAUUAUGAAAAAAGCGCAGGCUCAAAAGCGUAAUCUACAUACUUGCUACAUUGACUACUCCAAAACCUUUGACUCCAUACCACAUAACUGGCUCCUCAAAAUACUUGACAUCUACAAAAUUUCCGACAAUGUAAAAGCAAUGCUUACAUAUAUAAUGAAAUUAUGGAGAAUCACGCUCAAACUUAAUAACAAAAACAUUAGGAAAGGUGACAUCAGGUGUGGAAUAUAUCAAGGAGAUUCGCUCAGUCCUAUGUGGUUUUGUCUGGCAUUGAACCCUCUGUCCCAACUACUUAACAACACUAAUGCUUGUUUCAGGAUAAAGAUGAGAGACCGAACUGGAUAUAGUCACUUGCCCUACGUGGAUGACCUUAAACUAUACGCCGAGUCUAAACAACAGCUUGAGUCUCUACUAACAGUGACACAACAAUUUAGUGACGAUAUAAAGAUGAAUUUUGGUCUAGAUAAAUGUGCUACAAUAGAAAUAAAGAAAGGACACGUGGUGAAGACCGAGGAAAAUUUUAUGAAUAUACCUUGUCUCGAACCUGACGAUACCUACAAAUACCUUGGCAUACAACAAAAUCUUGGAAUCCCCCAUACAAAUCUUAAGAAAGAGGCCAUGGAAAAGUAUAAAAGCCGUCCCACUAAAUUGCUAAACACAAAAUUAAACUCCAAGAACCUGACAAGGGCCAUUAAUUGCUGGGCAAUUCCAACACUCUCAUACUCCUUCGGAAUUCUAAAAUGGUCUGACACCGAUCUAGACGAACUAGAUAAAACAACACGAAGAACGCUUACAAAAUUCCGCUGCUUACAUCCCAAUUCAUCCAUCCAACGACUGUACAUACCACGCAGCGAGGGUGGACGUGGACUGCUCAACAUUAAAUCUCUUUGCAAAUCACAAGAACGUAAAAUGAGAGAAUACUUUUUACAACACACUCACCCAAAUAUCCAAACAGUAGUCGAACAUGACCAAGCAUAUACACCUCUCAAUCUAGCUUCCCCACAACUUGAGUUUCAAAUAGAAUCACAUUCAAGUCGAAUAAAUAAUUGGGAAGAGAAGAUAUUACAUGGAAAAUAUCCUUUACAACUAGCUGCUGCUCACAUUGAUAAGACAACAUCAAUCUCUUUCUUAAAGUAUGGUAAUCUACACCCUGAGACAGAAGGUUUCAUGCUGGCAAUCCAAGACAGGAUCAUGAGAACUAGAAAUUAUGAAAAGCACAUCCUGAAGACGGACACCAUUGAUGUAUGUCGAAAAUGUGCUAAACCGGGUGAAACCAUCGAACAUAUUACUGGUGCGUGCUCCGCCCUUGCAGACACCGAUUACCUCUGUCGACAUAACCAAGUGGCUAAGAUUAUACAUUCGCACUUAGCAUUAAGGUGCAAACUAAUAAAAUCGUCGCUGCCAUAUUAUAAAUAUACACCUGAUGCAGUUUUGGAAUCCGACCAACAUCUAUUAUACUGGGACCGACCAAUCAUAACUGAUAAAACUGUGGAUUACAACCGUCCGGACAUCUUGCUUAUCAAUAAAUCUGAAAAAGUAGCAUGGAUUAUUGACAUCGGAAUUCCACUCACGCACAAUAUAUUCAAAACAGAACAAGAGAAAUGUAGAAAGUAUAUUAACUUAGCUAUAGAGGUAAAACGCAUUUGGAACCUAAAGAAAGUCAGUAUUGUGCCCGUCAUAAUCUCCACCGAAGGAGUUUGUACCACCAAUCUUUCACCUAACUUGGCUAAAUUGGAACUACAAAAAGGCCUACGUUAUCCCAUGCAAAAGGCCGUAAUUUUACAAACCUGCCAUCUAGUUCGUAAGUUCCUAUCAAUAUAG